AUGCCUCGUGGGCGCAAGUCCGGCAGAUGCCACCAGCUCGCGCUGCCAGCGGCGGUCGGCCUCGUGUGCUGCGUGGCGCUUGUGCUCCUCGUGGCCCAGUCGCGCCACCUGGACUUCGGGCAUCAGGCGGGAGCUCACGGCGGCGCCGCUGGCCUCCACCGCACGCACCGCCUCGCCGAGCAGCUGCGGCAGAGGCAGGAGCCGGCCUCCCUCGCGCCGAGCCCCGCGCCGACGGCGGCGCCGCCGCUCCUGGACGAGGUGGACGGCGUCACCGCUGCCAGAAGAGCCAGAGAGGCGGCCACCGCUGCUCUGGUCGCGAGGCUGGAGAAUCGCACUGGGCUUGCUGCCGCGGCGGCGAGCGCCGCGGCGGCUGCCUCGCCCCAGGAGGAGCUGCGGCUGGAGGACUACUCCUGGGAGCUCCACGAGGGGCGCAGCUGCCAGGGCUACGCGAACGGCGACGGCACUGUCAGGUCCCUGGAGGCGUCCAAAGCCGCGUGCAUCAGGACCUGCGGCUGUGUGGCCAUCGAGUGCUCGGCGGGCUCCGACCGGGACUGCACGCUGAGGGCCAACUCGAAUUUGGUGCCGUACACGCCUGCUGACUGUCACGUGAUGAAGGAGCUCGAGGACGGGGGCCUGUCGGCAAACAUCCAUCCGGCGUACGAGCAGUUGAUCAAGGAGUGGGCUUUCAAACCCGUCGUCAACCAGGCUGGUCAGAAGGUCAACAUCGUGCUCGCCCAGGCGCCGAUGGGCCAGGGUGGAGCCAGGAAGUUGUGGGAGAAGCACAAGGACGAGCUUCUCUUCCUCGGCCUCAGCAGCUUCGAGGACUACCCGCUGCCACCCCACAACACGUUCUCCCCACAGUUCCCAGAGGACGAGUACGUUGGCAAGUUCCCGGGCUUCCUGCACCAGCUCCGGGAGCCAGAGAAGGUGUUCCCUCCACACGUGAAGACGCUGCUCCUGUCCCAAUGUCGGACUCCCGGAGUUUCCCCCGAGAGAUUAUUCCGUGCCCAGGAAGUACGAUUUCACGCUGUCUGGGUCGGACCAGGACGUGGCCCACGACUGCGUCGGCUGGUCCUCCUUUGCGAAGAAUUGGUCGUUUGUCAAGCAGGCGCUGGAGGUGUUCUGUGGAGAGUUUAA